GCUUCGAGUUGGACAGCGCUCUACCAUGCCAAUAUCGCCAAUAUCCUUCUGUAUAUUUCACUCUGGCCCUAACAUAAUGAUUUGAAAUGUGGGAUAUGACUUGAAGGGAACUCCACAACAGUCACGAGCUCCAAUGGCGUCGGAAGCGCCGACGCCCUCUGCCACCACGAACGGAGCGCAACCCGAGUAUACUCUCGAUGUCGAGAAGCUUCAUUCACUUCCUUCGGAGCAACAAGAGCUAUAUUUGCUGACAUUUGCAUCCGACCUUGCGAACUACACGACCAAUCUAAACGCCGAUCAGGCAACCGCCUACCAAGCGUCCAUCAAAAAGGAGGUCUUCCAGAUCAUCACCCUCUCCUCGCCGACCCCGACUCGAGUCAUUCGAGACAGCUUGGGAAGAACACUCUCGGCGGUAUUUACAAAGGGCGACCGAAAACCACUGUUCGAAAGCAUCAACGACUUAAUAGCGACGCUGGGAACCACUGGUAAAAGCGAGAAGGAACUGGCAUCCAGACAUGCGGCUGUUCAUUGCCUGGGAGCCAUAUUCGAAGCUGCUGGAGAUAGCGCGAUUGGAACUUCUUCCUUGGCGUGUACUAUUACACUGCGCCAAUUGAAAGCUGCUCAGCAUCAUGUUGGAUUCAAAGCAUCCACCUUCAAAGCACUCGGGAAGAUCGCUAAAGGGGUCGGCUACUCUUUGGAUGAGCAUGUGGCAAGAGACAUUUGGAAACAAGCACGAUCAUCCGCUGCGGGGGACAAGUCAUUCCAGGUCCAAAUUGCUGCGUGCUGGUGUUUGGAGCACCUGAUUCAACAUACCCCGUACUUCGACAACUCCAACGACUACGAGAAACUGCAAGCGGCAUUGUUCAAGGCUCUCGAUAGCCAGUCUCCUACCCUGCGGACGACAGCUGCGUCAUGUCUCUCCGCAUGCCUAGUGAAGAGCUACUCCGAGAACCCGCAUCCCGACAUCGUCCCUCGACCGAAGAAGCAAAAAAAGCCGACAAAGCGACAGCCAGGCGACUUGGAAGAUGAGGAAGAUACGAUCGACAGGCCUGGGUCGCCUGCACCGGGCAAACCGGCUAUGCAGCUGUCAUAUGGCUUUGCAGAGCUGUUGAGGCAGCUCUCGGCUCCAUACUGUCGCCCUGCCACGAGCAAUAGGACUAGAGCUGGUCUCGCGCUCUGCUACGUCUCUAUUUGCCGAAGAUUGCCUAUCGACACCAUACAGAAGCAUUACCCCAUCCUAGCGCGGAACUUGUUUGAGGACAUUUUGUCGAACCCUGCCAUCUACAAUAACCGCUACCGUCUAUUAAUAUCGCGGAAAUUCGUCCGGAUCAUCCUUGAGAAGGUGGUUGGACGGGAGCUUCUUGGAGAAUCCGCGCAAUUGGAUGCUGCCAAGUUUCUGCUGAACGGCAUCAUCAAAGACUAUCCACAGAGCCUAAAAGAGCGUCCGGAGCCAAGCAAACAAGUUCUGACCGGAGCACUAAGCGCUUUGGCAGCUUUAUUGGGGUGCGUUCGGUCGGCAUCCAAUGCAGUCGCGGAAUCGUGCCGGGAAGGGCUUUUCCAAGUAUUACAGCAUCCGAGUUAUACCGUUCAAGUCCAUGCCUCCGCUUGUUUUCGGUCAUUUGUCUCUGCAUGCCCACAGCAGCUCCUGUCCGUAGUCACGAUGUGCUCCAACAGUCUCAAUCGGGAGCUUGGCCUAUUAGGGGGCCAUCGACAGUCAUCUCGGCGCUGCGUGGGUCUUGCCAACGGGCUUGCUGCGCUUUUGAGCACGUCGACGGAAAAUCCGCUGUACGGCUCGCUAGAUGUUUAUGCACGGGUUCUUUCUCAAGCCACCACCCUUCUCAAAUCAAGCAGCAGCUCGAAUUUGAGAAUCUCAAGCACGCAAAUCCAGGUUGCCUGGAUCCUCCUCGGCGGUUUGAUGUCUCUCGGACCGAACUUUGUGAAGAUCCACAUUACCCAACUGCUUCUGCUCUGGAAGAACGCUCUCCCGAAGCCCUUGAAUAGAGAGACGAUGCAUGGUAGAGAUAUGCUGGAGCUGAGCUUCUUGACUCAUGUUAGAGAGUGCGCUUUGGGUUCGAUUCUAACCUUCCUAGAGUACAACAAGCGACUACUUACCGCGGACGUUACGAAGAGGUUGGCGACCAUGCUUCAGAACACAUCUGUGUUCGUAACCAGCCUGCCGCGAAAGAAAGUGACAGAUGAUGCCGAGAGGAGGCUUUCCCCUUCCUUGGAUCUCCAUGAUUUCGACCUGAUGGUCCGACGGCGUGUAUUUCAAUGCUACACGAAACUUGUCAUAGACAGCGCUCCCGCUGCCCGCGAAACUCUUCUGCAAUCCAACCUUCUCCCAUUGGCCGUCUCAGCUUUCGCUGAUCCAGAGAAUUACGCACCAAACUCAUUGAGCGCUUCGAUAGCGAGUUCGAUCGGGAACUUUGAGUCCAUUUGGGAAGUUGGCGACAACAGUGGAUUUGGAAUCACAGGUCUGCUGAAGGGGUACGAUGUUAGGCCCCUUCCGGGUGAAACGCUUCAUAAUGGCAAACACCAUUGGCUCACGCAGACGGAGCCGGAUGGUCUCAUCAACCAAACCGUACAGACACCCGUAUGUGGAGCGCUGGAACAUGAUUCCGUUUUACUAUACCUGAGAAGCGACUCCUCCGAGGAAUCAAGCAACCCCGAACCCUCGUCGACACAAGUCGUGGAUCAUGCGAUCAACUUAUUUGCCAUCUCUUUGGCAUUGCAAGGACCUCGAGUUCAAGAAAGUAUUCUCGAACAGAUCACCGCCUUCCUCACUGCCAGUUUGCUACAGAGAGACCCAGCAAGACACGCAGCUAUGACCGUAAAUGUUGUGGUUGCUCUCCUAAAUGCGUUAAAAGUUGCUGCAAAGGAGACAGUUCUCCCUCCAGGAAACAUACGCAGGGAUCCGGUUGAAAAGGCGCUUCAGGAGCUUUUACAAUUGUUGAUCGUCUACCACGAUCCCUACGUUCGCAACGCCGCCGCACAAGCGUUUGGGCGGAUGUGCAGCGCGGCAGGGACACAAUUUACCCAAAGUCAAGUCACUUGGUUAAUUGAUAAGAUUGUGGCCAACCGGGAACCCAGUGCUCGAGCCGGGUGUGCCCUCGCUUUGGGUUGCAUUCAUUCCCAGCUUGGAGGCAUGGCAGCAGGAUUCCAUUUGAAGAAUAUCGUAGGCAUCCUGAUGUCGCUGAGCAAUGACCCUCAUCCCACAGUUCAUUUCUGGGCAUUGGAAAGCUUGUCAAAGGUUGCGGAUUCGGCUGGUUUAUCGUACUCUAGCUAUGUGUCUGGUACGCUUGGAAUAUUGGCGCAACUGUAUGCGUCAGAUUCGCAUAAUGCCGAAACCAAUUCCUUGGGCGGGUCAAACCUCGAAGUCGACCUUCCGACCCCUGCCGUUCUUGCUCGAUGUACAGACAGCAUCAUCAAUGUGCUCGGCCCCGAUCUUCAGGACAUGACAAAGGCGCGAGAAUUGAUUCUGACGCUGGUACGAGCAUUUGGCGUCGAGCAGCUGAAUAUAAUCCGAAUCGAAAGCGUUCGGUGCCUUGAACAUCUAUCCCUUUAUGCUCCUGGACACCUUGACUUUGCUCUCUACGUUACGAUGCUUCAAAAAGAGCUGAAGUCCGAAUCAGCACGGCUUCGCUCGUUGGCGAUUGAUGGGCUGCAUAAUUUGAUGAGGCGAGAUGCUGAUGAUGUUAUUAAUGCCGCAGAUCCAGGCUUGGGGGAUCAAUUAUGGCACGCGCUAGACAACGAUCCGAUGAACAAUGUCCUCCGAAGCAUCAUGCAGAACUGGCUACAUCAAUCCGCAUUGACCGACCCGGCGAGAUGGAUCGAACGAUGCAACACUGCGCUCCUCAAAGCUGUCAAGGUUGAGAAGUCGUCGCCGAAACCCGCACAGAAGAAAUCCGUGGCUAUCGAUCUGAAAGAUGAUGAGGUCGCGGGAUUCGCAGCGGCGGCCGGGGCUGGAGAUGAGGCAGCUGCAGUUGCACCUAGACAGGAGUUUCUGCGAUGGCAGGUUCGGGCCUUUGCAAUGGAUUGCCUCAUCGAACUUCUCUCUAUUGUUGCAAGAGAUGUAGCGGCCAAGGAAGUGUCCCCCGCCGAGACAGCGCUUGUACAGGAGAUUGGAGAUAUCAUUAAGAUUGCUUUUGCUGCCUCUACAGGAAGUGUCAUCGAGCUUAGACUUCGCGGACUCCAAACGAUCGACAUGGUGUUGAAGAUGUUCGGCAAGACACCCGAUCCCGAUUUUGCUGAAGCGUCUUUGUUAGAGCAGUACCAAGCUCAAAUUGGAUCUGCCGUAACGCCCUCCUUUGCUGCCGACUCGUCACCCGAGCUGGCUGCACAGGCGAUCAGUGUCUGCGCUUCGUUCAUCGCGACUGGCAUCGUAACAGAUGUCGAUAAGAUGGGAAGGAUAUUGAAAUUGCUCGUUUCCGCUCUCGAGAACCUAUCCAAGGAAGAUGAAUUUGUCACGGUUGGCGAUCUGAAGGGUCUGAGUUCGAAUGCGUUGGUCAUGGUCAAAAUGGCCGUCUUCUCCGCCUGGGCCGAGCUUCAGAUUGCAAGCGCCGAGCAGAAAUACCUCGUCGAUGUGCUUAAACCUCAUCUCGCCAAGCUGGCACCCUUGUGGCUUGCUAGUCUUCGAGAAUAUGCGCAGUUGAGGUUUGAGCCGGACGUGUCUGGUGCAUCUGGACCUGCAAGCAUGUCAGGCAGUCUAGACACAGUCUACGCCGCCUUGAAUAGGGACACCUUGCUCCACUUCUACCAAUCUGCGUGGCUCAACCUCGUCGAUGCCAUCGCUAGUUUGAUCGACCAGGACAGUGAGUUUGUAUUCGACGCACUUGACGAGAAACCGGAAGGAGAAAACUCGAGCGCAGUCAAUGGCCGACCUAGUAACAUCAAUUAUCGCGAUGAACCUGUUGCAUUCUUCUUCGUUCUCUAUGGACUCGCUUUCGAAGCGUUGAUCGGACAGACAGGGGAAGACGUUGCCGCCAAAGAGCGAACAAUCAGCAUUCUGCAAGCCGUUCGAAAGAUCCUGCGUCCAUCAGUAUCUGGACAAGCGAUCUAUAGAGACGAUGUGUUUUCGGAAACCAUGGACAUGCUUGGCCGGUUGGUCUUGACCGAGCCUCUCAAUGUGCAGCAUGUCGUCGUUCAAAUCGCGCGAAACUUGUGCCUGUCGCACCCCUCCGCACGGAAACCGACCGAUAGAGCUGAGGAUGACCGACUUUCGGAAGACAUUGAUCAACUCUUUGAGUUGACGAGGCUGAUUGUGCUCACACUCGCUGGACUUAUCCCGAAUGUCUCCGAAAAUAAGCACCGUGCUCUUCAUGCACUCAACGAAGAAGCCGUCGAUGUCGUUACAUUGGCUCUCUCCUCUCUUGUGGAUGCGGCAGCUGUAUUCCCGAUCAUCAUCCGGACCGACUUGCAUGCCUGUAUUCUCCACCUGUUCGUCACUAUCCUCGGAACCGGUGCUUGUCAAGCCACCAUCGUUCCCCAAGUCCUUCCAAUAUUCAAGCGUUUCAUAACCAGUCUCGCGCUGGAUCCAUUAUCAGAUACGGCGACCCAACUGCGUGGAAUGCUCGUUCGGUUCUUUCAAAUCCUCAAAUCCGCCCAAUUGAGAGAAUCCGAGGCUGCGUUACCGUGCGAAAGGAACACAUUACUGGCUUUCACCAUUUUCCUUAGCUCCGCAAGUAACUUACUCAAUCCGGACGAUCCGCUACUAGCCCGUUUUGUAUCAGAGCUGUCGGAUGGCCUCGAAAACGGACUCACAUGCAAGGUUGCGGCGAACUGUGCACGAUCCAUCCUGUCAUUAUCACGAAAAAAUCCUGCUGAGGCCUCACUCGUUGUCCAACUUCUCCCCCGCGUACUCGGAUUUAUAACGAUGCCUCCUGAUCUGGAAGGGCUGGAAGAAGGGAUCGCUAUCCUCAUCCAAGGCGUCAUUGGGUUUGUCCAAUCCCUAGCGCCUGACCAGGCGUUGUCUGCAAUGUCUCUUGUUAUCUCUGCACUGUUGGCUCGCGCGAACCAAGGCGGGCAAGAGUCUGAAAAGGAGGUUGGUACAAGGCUGCUUGAAUUGGCUGCAACGAACCAAAGGUCGUUCAGAUCCAUCCUUGGUGCCAUGGAUCAGGAUCAACGAGCUUUCCUUGAGCAGGUUAUUAGGGCUUCUGGAAUAAGCAUGGGAAAGAAAGAAGAACGGAAAGUUGAUACAGAGCCCACUAUUGCACUGAAAAUGGAUUUCGGUGCUUGAGUAGGAAUUGAAGCGUUUAGUACUAGGGAUAGAAAGCUGCCAGGAUGUACAUUUUUGGCUUGUUUGCGGACCAGGCAGGGCCACCCUAUAGCAUUGUUAUCAGCCGCCGUCCAAUAUUUUGAAUAAAUGCACUAGCCGUGACAGUGGCACAGCAGGCC